AUGGAGACCACCGAAUCUUCCCCCGGCCCCUCAAAUUCAGGGCUGGCAUUGCCUGCAGUUGCAAAUUCAGCAAAAUCUGUACAUCGACCGAGCUUCGAUGGCAAGCUCCCCCCCAAACCCCGUCGAUCAAGCGGCGAAUCAGCCAAUACCUUCGUGAAGCCUUAUAGCACCCCCGAGAUAGACUCCAUGAACACGGUCCUGUACGCCAACCUUACCCUCAACGAGGGAGAUACACUUGUAUAUGUGGACGUCCCCUCCUUACCUGAGGACCAGCGCAAGAAGACUACGUGCGGCGGCAUCAAGCCUGCAUCACAGCACUUUUUGGUCCACUCAAGCAAUCUUUUUGCCCUCUCAGACUCCAAGUUUCCGCAAAUGCUGGACAAUGCCAUCUACCAAGCCCGUGUAAAGCGGCGCAGAAAACCAACAGAGGACUUGCUCAAGGGCGUCAAGUAUCUCCUGGACCUUACACCUCCCGCCGAGGGCGACGACUUGGUUUUCCAGAUUUCCGAGCUGUCACUCACACCAGGGAUCAUCAAGUGGUGGAGCGCGAAGGCACUCUUCGGCAUUGACCAAGAGUUGGUCACUGGUCAUGACGAUGUUUGCUCUUGCUCGUCCGACCAAGACUCUAUACCCAUCCCGUCCCCUACAUUGGAAAUUUCUCAAGACCCGUCCAAGAAGGACGACGAUGGAAUUUCACCUACCUUUGUGCAGAAUAUACCCCAGAAGAUGAUCUCAGUCACCAUACCCCCGAGCGUCAGCGACGUGAUAAUUUUGCAAGAGAAGGGCCAAGAUACUCUCAUGGAACCUCCCACUCACUACCAGAUACCCGACUACUGUGUCAUUCGUCAUUGCCACAGUAUAAUUCGUUUCAUGUUGAUGAUCGAGGGGGUAAACGUCACCCUGAACUCUGCCGCUCGGGUGUGGUCUAUGGUAGCGAUCAGCAAGAUCUUCGAAGCACCAUCUGUGAUUCGCGAUCAAGUCGCCAGCUGGAUAAUGUCAAAUACAACAUUUAUUGAAGUUCUACCCGAAGAGGCUUUUCGAAUUGGCUACAGGCUUCAGCUACCAGACAUCACCCAGACAGCCUUCAGAAUCCUUGUCAACGAACUAGCACUUGAAGAGGCUGCCAACGGCUUUGAGCCUGGUAAGCCCCGCAGCCAAGUGUCGGUAUUUGGCAGACGGCUUGGGAGCCCCGACGACGAGACAGUCAAUGUCAUCCAGCAUGCAGCUCGUGCUUUUAUUGAUAGGAUUGUGAAGCAACACCACGAAACCGUUGCUCCGGCCCUGUUCGACAGGCUCAAUUUAGCGGAAUGGGACAAACUGAGAACUCUUGAACAUGCUCUUGAGCAAGAAGAAGACGGCUCUUUUGUUGUUGUCCUGGUGAAACUCCGCUCGCUCAUGAGAGAGAUCCAAAAAUAUGUCACGAGCAACGUGAACUCGGCAUUGCACAGGUGCGUUGACGCCUAUGGGGAUUGUUCUUAUCUUGACAAAGACCGCGUCUUGUACACCGAGCCAAAGGAUUUCAAACCUCUACGAGACAUUCUCCUGAGAUUAAACCCGACCCAAAGACUUCUUUGCCCCAUUGUUCCCAUAACGAUUAGAAACGACUUGACGAAGAUUGCCAAUGAUGUAUACUUCAGACAGGAGAUAGAGUCUUUGAAAAGAGAUAUGCAGCUCGCAAUAGCUCGGGCCCCACGCCACAAGGAUUUCUCCUCUUGGGGAUCUGUUCUUGAACGGAUUCCUGAAAAUGUGCUCAUAAACCAACUCUUCAUAGUGAAGGAGCCGUGGUUUAACCUGGGAAAACUCCACAAGGACCUUGCUAGCCAAUUAUCAAUUACUGAGACCUGGGACCGGAUCAAACAUAGGUUCCAGUUUGCCCUGCCUCUGACUCGUCACAUGCUUCUUACCCUCACCGAUAAUGAGAUGAAGUAUCUCCCCCUGUGGGCGGGUGGAAAUGAUGACGGCACGGGUGGUGUCUUCGAGGACUUCCUCCCACCUGCGGAGAUGGGGCCGAACGGGCCUGGCCCGGCCUACCACACCGGGCAAACUCUGCUCUCAGAGACAUCCAGUGUCUCAGGUUCGCUAAUGGAUGAGAUGGAGGCCAUGAGGAUAAAUGGAAGCACAGUAGCCGGGAGCUCGGUCGCUCGGUCGAUAGAUGUGCAGGAUGGCAUCUCGACGGUGUACCGCCCAGACCGCGUCAUCGCCCUCGGGUCUUCCAUUGCUUCUGAGAGCUUUGAUGACGGUGCCUCUGAGUUCGACAGGGCUGUGUGGGCGGUCCCUGCAGCUCACCAAGAUGUCCCAGGCCUGGACGACGUGGAUAUGUCGGUUCCCAGGGAUGAUGACUCCAUGUCCGACGAAACUAUCACAUCCUUUGGAGAUGAUUUCGACGAUGAUUUCGACGAUAACUUCGAUGGUAAUAUUUACAACGACUCCGCGCUCGAGUGA